GUCAUUUGCUUGGCAAGUUUUCUUUCAUCAGGACAGAUCAGAAAUUGUUCCCUGGCAUUUGGACUGCAAAAACUCUGGCCAGCUACACACACUGUUCUGGUUGAUUAGAAAAGAACAAUUCCCACUGGAAGCAUGAUCUAGUGGUUAAGAUACGAGACUGGGCGUCGAGAGAUCUGCAUUCUCCCAGCUCUGCAACUGGAUUGCUGUGACAUGCAGGGCAGCAGCGUCGCCCUUAAGCUGAAAAACUGGCCAGCACAAUGGGAAAAAAGCAGAACAAGAAGAAAGUGGAGGAGGUCUUAGAGGAAGAAGAGGAGGAGUAUGUGGUGGAGAAGGUCCUAGACCGGCGAGUGGUGAAAGGCAAAGUGGAGUAUCUGCUGAAGUGGAAAGGCUUCUCGGACGAGGAUAACACGUGGGAGCCGGAGGAGAAUCUCGACUGCCCCGACCUCAUUGCAGAGUUUCUCCAGUCCCAGAAAACCGCACAUGAGAGUGAGAAAUCUGAGGGGAGCAAACGCAAAGCCGAAUCUGACACAGAGGACAGAGGGGAGGAGAGCAAACCAAAGAAGAAAAAGGAAGAGUCGGAGAAACCACGAGGCUUUGCCCGGGGGUUUGAACCUGAGCGGAUCAUCGGCGCCACAGAUUCCAGCGGGGAGCUCAUGUUCCUGAUGAAAUGGAAGAACUCUGAUGAGGCUGACCUGGUCCCUGCAAAGGAAGCCAACAUCAAGUGCCCCCAGGUGGUCAUCUCGUUCUAUGAAGAGAGACUGACAUGGCACUCUUACCCCUCGGAAGACGAUGACAAGAAAGAGGACAAGAACUAACCCACGCCGGCUCUGGCCAACCUUUGUAUAAAGAUCAGACUGUGGGUUUGAGCGACAGUAAGAGAAUGCAGCUCUACUUAAUGGAGAGGUGGCUUGAGAAGAUGCCCUUUGAAGAGACAGUAUGCUUUCUGUGCCCUGCAGCUGCCCAAGUGUCCAGCUUCACACCAGCCUGACAUGACGCGGAGGGGGAGAUGUUUCAAGGCUGGCUGUUCUGCAGCUUUCUGGAGAGGAAGUGAAAUCCCCUUCCAUGAAGAACUAUCGCUGGUGCUGGGUAGGCUGGGGAAAGGGAGAGCAGAUAGAUACUGCAUGUUCUUCAAAGACCAUCUCAGCAACCCACAGCCUUCUUCCCAAUAGUGUUAACUCUGCAUUUUUACAGCGUAGCAUGUGUAGGUUUUUUUCUUUUUGCUAUUACUGGUGUAUCAGUUUGGGGUGGGGUAGGUCUUUUUAAAGGGGGGUGGGCGGAAUGGUUGACAGUGUUCCAGAUCCAUGACCAGAAUCCUUUUUUAUAAACAUCUUGAUUAACUUAAAACCCCAAGUAUUGGUAAUAGGACUAGAGGGAGGGACAAUGGUAUGAGACUGAAGCUGUGAAUGUCCAAAUCCUCAAUCCCUAGAGCAAUGUUAUUGGGGGCAGGGUGGGGGGUGGGAACUGCAGAGAUGCAAGCCUGUAAUUAGUGUCUCCAAACAGAACUGCCAGUGUUGCUGACUUGUGCAUUGUAAGUGAGAGGGUGGGGAAUGGGGAGGGAAUUGAUCUAGCUCAGUGGUUUGAGAAUUGGCCUGC